AUGGCAACAACAGGACAACGACAAAGUAGAAUAAGUUCAAGUGGAUCAAGUGGUGGAGUAUCAUCAUCAGAAGAUGAUGUGCCAUCAACAGUACUUGGUAAACCAACAAUGAAUAAAGCAGUUGAAUUAUCAUUAAAAGAUACUGAAGACCCAAUUGAGUUUCAAGCACCAUUACCUGAUUAUUAUGAAGAAGCAGGUGAAUCUGAUGAUGAUCGACGAAUAUUACCGAGAGCCAUUCAAUCAUCUGCAUCAGGAACAAUUGAAGAUGAAAAUGACAAUAGAAAACAACAAUUAACAAAGAAAAAGCGAAAAAGAGUUCACUAUAUAUGUGUAUCCAUGUGCAAAUAUGAAUGUGUCAGACGAGCGGCAAAACGAUUAAAUUUUCGUGAAGUAGCUGAUGAAGAUGAUUGGAAUGUUUAUUGGACAGAUACAAGUGUUGGCAUUGAAAGAGUUGCGCAAAUGAAAAAAUGGCAGAAAAUAAAUCAUUUUCCGGGUAUGAGUGAAAUAUGUCGAAAAGAUUCUUUAACAAGAAAUAUGUCUCGUAUGGUUAAAAUGUUUCCAAAAGAUUAUACAUUUUAUCCAAAAGCUUGGUGUCUUCCAGCUGACGAUUUUGCUAAAUAUUAUACAGAGAAAAAAUAUAAAACAUAUAUAUCAAAACCGGAUGUUGGUUGUCAAGGUCGUGGAAUAUUUAUAACGAAAAAUCCAGGAAGAGACAUUAAACCCACUGAUAAUUUUGUAAUACAAGUAUAUGUUAAUCGACCAUUUUUACUUGAUGGAUUUAAAUUUGAUUUACGUGUUUAUGUGGCUGUUACAUCAUGUGAUCCAUUUCGAAUAUUUGUUUAUAAAGAUGGUCUUGCUCGUUUUACAACACAACAAUAUGAAGAACCAUCAAAUUCAAAUUGUAAAGAUAUUUUUAUGCAUUUAACCAAUUAUGCUAUUCAAAAACGUUCCGAUGAUUUUAUCCGAGAUGAAGAUUCGGGCACAAAACGUCGAAUAACAACUAUUAAUCGAUGGUUAGUCGAACAUGGUUAUGAUGUAGCGAAAUUAUGGGCGGAUAUUGAUGAUGUUAUUAUAAAAGUUCUUAUAUCCGCACAUUCAGUUCUUAAACAUAAUUAUCGUGCUUGUUUUCCAAAUCAUUAUCGUGGUAGUGCUUGUUUUGAAAUUCUUGGUUUUGAUGUAUUAAUUGAUCGAAAAUUAAAACCCUAUGUUCUUGAAGUGAAUCAUUCUCCAAGUUUUACAACUGAUUCAAAGCUUGAUAGAGAAAUAAAAGAUGCACUUAUAUAUGAUACAUUACUUUUAUUGAAUAUGCCUGCAGCUGAUAAACGUCGAUUUGUUGAAGAAGAAAAAAAACGUGCAAAAGAAAGACUUUUUCAAAAAAUUAAUAAAAAAGAUAAUAAAUAUCGAGAAGAACAAGAAGAUCUUGCUCAGCAAUGGCAAAAAGAAAUUGAAAAAUGGGAAGAUCAACAUAUGGGAAAUUAUCGACGAAUUUAUCCUGGUCUUGAUACAGCACAAAAAUAUGAUAGAUUUUAUACACAAUCAGGAACACUUUAUUCAGAAACAGCUGCUUCAAAAGCUCGACUAGAACAAGCAAAAGCACAAAUUGAUGAAUUACAAAGAAAACAAGAUAAAUUAAAUGCAUUUAAAAAUCGAAAAGUAUAUUCCGGUGCAAGUAAUAAUAGUUCAAGAGAAGUUUUUGGUGAAAGUCCAACACGACGACCAUUAGCAACUGUUAAAUCAUCAAGAAGUUCAUCAUUUAAUCGAACACCAUUAAAACGUCUUACAGCUAAUGCUACUUUGGCUAUUUCGCCAGUUCAAACCUAUGGAGAAUCAUUAAGAUCCAUGGAAAUUGAUGAAAACGAAGAAUUUGAAAGAAUGACAUUACUUAAACAACGUGAAACUCUCAUGCGAGGAAUGGGCGUCAUUGAUAUGUGUCAUCGUUUGUUAUUUGGUACACCAGGAACUAUGGCUAAUGUACCAAUCAUGACUAAUGUUAAUGCAGUAACAAAUGCACAAUAUCAUCCUUCAAUGCCAAUUGAUAUUGCUGAUUCAUCACAAAAUCUUUCUUCGGUUCAAUAUGUUGGUUCAAAAUUACCUAAUGCACAAUUAAAUCGAUAUAUAACAAAUAAUGGAGCAUCAACGCAAGUGUUUCAACAAUAUUUUAGUAAUCAACAACAACAAAUGCAAUCGAAAUUUGAAACUCGAUCCACAAGAAAUGGAACAACAAUUUCACAAAAUAGUUCACGAAAUGGUCGUUAUCAACAAGCAUUACGUUCAUCGGAAAAUAAUCUUCAAUAUAAUAAUAUUAAUCGUAUUUUAUUACCGACAAAUACUAUGCCACAAAUGCCGACAAACGUAUUACCUAAAACCAGCGUGAUUUCAGCUAAUUCAACAUUCGAUUCAUCAAUACGAACUAAAAGUGCAAAUACAAUACCACGAACACGGACAGGCGGUCUCUAUUUGGUUUCAUGCGGUUCUACUAUAACUCGUCUUCCGAUAAAUGCAAAUUCAAAUGGUGGAAAUGUUGUUCCCACAAAAGAAAUAGCUGUUAAUGGUUCAUCAAUAUCGGUUGGAAAUAAAUUAGAAUCUCUAUGUGAUCUUGCAUCACUUGAACAAUUUAAAAGAUUACAUUUAACAAAGAUUUCAGCGAAUGAUACUGUUUUAUCAUCAGAAUCUUCACCAACACCAAAAUGA